GGUGCCGGCAGCAUCAGCAGGCACAAAAAGCCAGUCGCAGCCUCCACGGUGAACAGACGCACCAAGGAGUGAGGACUGCCUGUUACUGCUGUCGCUACCAGGAGCAGCAGUAGCAGCAGCAGCAGCGUGAGUUUAGUGAACAAGCCAGUGAGCGAGUGAGUGGUAGUGCUGCUGCUGCCGCCGCCGGUCGUCGCCGUCGUCGUCGUCGUCGUCCAGCCCAAACGAACGGAGCCAGCUAGACGGACCGACCGACCGACCGACGGACGGAUAGGCUAUCGUUGCCAACAUCCAGCUGCAUUUUGUUGCAGUACAAAGCGCCACCCUUUCGAGUGUUUUGUCGUUAAACAAUACGCAACGACAUAGAAUACGCGACCGUUCAAACUGUCCUUGAUGUAAACAAAUUUGUCCUGCUAUUAGCACCUAGUACGACGACAGGAACCGCUUUUAUUUGUGCCCCCCGGCAGCAGCAGCAGCAGCAGCAGCAGCAGUAGGACGACGGCCAACUAGAUUGAUUGCUCGAUUGAAUAGAAACUAAAUUGCAGGAACGUAACCUUUGUACAUACCCGCGUUAUUUACAUGCGUUGCAUUGUUACGGAGGGAGUGAGUAUUGUGAGCACCCGUGUUUAAAACAGGUUCAAUAAGUGAGUGUCCUGGAUCCGACCGAGUCAGUGUUGACGUGCACAGCGAGUGUUGCCUGCUCUUAACCAAACCCGGUAAGCCGUGUGUGUUGGCAAGCUGCCGAUAUCGCCAACUAUAGCUUAACACCUACUGAUCCGGACCAGAGUAGUAGAAUCACAACAGGCCAGGGGAGGUACGACCAAGGAUAUCUAUAGCCGCCACCAUUAACGACGCCCAAAAAUUAAAAAAGCCACCACCUCGAGCGAAGUAGAGAAGAGGGACGCAUUGCCGACUGGGCGCCGCUCUCACGGUGUCAUCACAAACAACAGUUUCCGGCUGAGUGUGUCAGGGUUCAGAUUGUUUGGUCGUGGUCAUUUUGUCUUCGUACAAAAUGGCCGACGAGUCUAACGGAGGGACCAAUGGCACCUUCGAUCCGGAGGACCCCGAACUGCAGAGGCAGAUGAUGCGUCCAGCGGACAUCGCGGCGGACAUGAAAGAAAUGGACCGACGAAAGCGGGUCGAGAUGAUCAUGAACUCGCAGGUGUUCCGGGAGGAGUUGGAACGGAUUGUAGAGAGUCAAUUAAGAAGUGGCUAUACGCCGGGGAAUAUCCAGGCCCUUCAACAGGUUACGGACAUGCUCCUGCCGUCCUCUCAGAAGCAGCGCGGCUGCCCUUUGCUUCCGAUCAAUGACAUACGCGGGGUUGACGGUCUUCGCUAUUCACCGCCAGAGCGGGCUCUUCGUUGCAAAAUGGCGGCGUUGUGUCGUCUGCUUGAUAUGUACGGAUGGGCUGCUACGGCCGGUCAGGGCCAGUUCACGCAUGCCACCGUGCGAAUCUCACAGGAUCAAGAACACUUCCUGAUAAAUCCCUUUGGCUUACUUCUACACGAGGUGACAGCAUCAUCAUUACUCAAGGUGGACAUGCAGGGUCAAGUGAUCGAUUCCGGCACCACGACGUUUUCGUUCGCACGCGGCGCAUUCGCCCAGCAUGCAAUCGUACACGCACAUAGACCAGAUAUUAAAGCCAUCGUGCAAACCAGACAUCCAGCUAUCGUGACGGUCUCAGCAAUGAAAAACGGUCUGAUGCCGGUAUGCUCGGAUGCCGCACUUCUCGGUGACAUCUCGUACGCAACGGCUGGUGUCGAUUGUGAAGGCCUAUCAAAGGCACUUGGUCCUGUGAAUAAAAUUGUUUUUAUCAGAAAUCAAGGAGCACUGAUUGGAGGCGACUCAAUUGAAGAGGCGUUCGCUUCGUUGGCAGCGACGGUCUCUGCAUGUGAGCAGCUUCUUGCCUUAGCACCUCUCGGUCUAGACAAUGUGUACGUGCUUAGCCCUGAAGAAAUGGCCGCAAUUCGCGAAGAGCAAAAACAACAGACCAAGGAUCAUGAACCAGCUAUUCCAGCCGAUGAAGAUAAGGAUAAAAUGGACUCAAAGCUGUCGCGUCGAUUGCGUCUCUGCGAUGUGGCGUUCGAGGCUCAUAUGCGUACACUUGACAACAGCGGCCUUCGUACAGGUUAUUUCUAUAGACAACCGUUAUUACGGGACGAACGGCCGCGUGCCAAAAAUGAUGUAGAGGUCCCGCCGUCCGCAUCGUCAUUUGGCCAGAGCUUCGACGAGGACAAAUGGCUCAGUCCCCUUCGCAAGCUUCUCGACGCGAAGAAGACACAGGACAAAAUGCGCUACGUUAACUCGCCAAACUCGUACCAGCGCGUAGAAGUGCUUGAAACUGGGACGGCGGACCCUCGAAAAAUCACCAAGUGGGUGCAAGAGGGCCAGGCACAAGGCGGCGGAACAAAUCAACAGACCGUAGUCAAAAUCGAAGGAGGCUCACACCAGUUUGUACCAACUAACACUGAUCCCGCUGAAUUCAAAAGGAAGCAGAAGGAGAUGAAGGCAAAUCGUCUUAACUCUAAGGUGACGGCAGGGCCUCAGUCAAACAUCCUUGAAGGCUACACCUGGGAUGAAAUCAGGCAGAUGCAGGAUACGAUAAAUCGUCAAUCUGGUGGCGAUAACGUGGUAUUAGUAGGAGCUGCUUCAAAGGGUAUUAUUCAACGGGACUUCCAGCACAAUGCAAUGGUAUACAAGAGUGUUUACCAGAAGAAUCCAUUCGACGGCAUCACAGAUGAGGAACUAGAGGAGUAUCGCGCCUUGAUCGAACGCAAAAUGCGCGGUGAGCCCAUUGAAGACGAUAUCCCUGAAUGUCUUCGCCCGCUUCUGCAAGAGCCUAUUGCGCAUGCAGCAGUUCCCGCAGCUACUUUAUCUUCAACACCAGUAAAAAGUUCUCCAACAGGUGUACCGCCUGCCGCUCAUAGAUCGCCCAUUCAAUCGCCCGUUUCAGAAGAAGAUCCAGUAUAUCGGUCACCAUCGAGCAGCGUCCGAAGGUCCCUGUCGGCCCGCAUGGCCGCCGAAGAUGCGGAAGAACAGCGCAGCCAGAGCCUCGGCUUCGGACGGAGAUACUUCUCGGAAAGAAAGCCCAAGAAGAGCGGAAAGGAUCAGGACAAGGAAAACGAAAAAAGUGGAGAUGAAUCAAAAUCACUCUCAAGCAAAGAGGUUAGCGAAUCGGUGAGUUCUCCAUCGAAAAGCGAGAAGAAGAAAAAAAAGAAGUCCGGGGGCCUGAGCACAGCCUCGUUCUUCAAAAAGAAGAGUAGCAAAACGCCCAAAGAAGAAACCGCUUAGAUCAUUUGGCUGAGUGUAGAACUCGAUAAAGGAGGCCGAAUCUGGAGAAGACAAAUUGCUAAAAUGAACGACUGGGCAUCAUGGUAUCAGCGCAACAACAAGAGGCGAAACAGCGUUGCCGAAAUAGUGAACCCCUUCUCUUGAAUCAGUUGUCGUAGAGAACAGCAGUACAACAGCCGGACGCACGGACACAGGGAAAGCGGAAGCGAUGAUCAUAUAACGAAACCGCCAAUGCUUCCUUUUCAAUCUGGGACUCGAAGGCGGCGCAGAAAGUUCAAAGAACAGGUGCAAGUUUGCAGAAAAACGACAGAACACGACAAUUAAAACACAAAGAAAAUGAAAGGAGGUAGAUACACUGGCAAGAAUGGGUCUUAUUCUACUUUUAUGACGGUGGCGACAGUAGCGUUACUGAUAAUCCUGCUGAUGGCUACAACAACACGUAAGCCAACGUGUCAAUUACACCGAAGUUUUUUGUGUGUGUGUGUGUGUGUGUGUGUGUGUGUGUGUGCGCGUGCUACAAUGCUACCAUUCUAACGAUGCUGCUGCUAGAAACAAAAACACGAAGGUGGUACGCGUUCUUUCUUAAACCACAACACAGAUGCGGUUGGUAAUAAUGGUGGGACACGACAAAGUUGUGAGAACAAGGCAAAAAUACCCGAAAAAAAGAUAAAUGGGACACAACUAUGGGAGUAGUAAUACGUAUGUAUGAAUAUGGAUGCUUUAAUUUGACGGCUAGGCCAGCCACUUAAGCGUGUGGCAGACAAGUAGGCCCUGUAAAAUUAAUCCUUUCUGCCUGACCAAGGCACAGUACGGAAGGAAAAAGGGAGUGUUGAACGACAAAAAGAGACAAGGAGGUACCUCAUCAUCAUCUUAUCAGCAACUGAAGCAGCGAGAGAGGAUGGCAACUGUGAAGAUUAUAGCAAUUAUGACCGAUGAUGAUUGGUAAUUAAAAACGCACGAAAGUGCGAAAAAAACCCUCAUUUCUCAACGGUAACAAAAAGUCGCCAUCAUUUAUCCUAGUAGUGGCAGCAACCCUAUUGUAUGUUAUUUUCAGUGGUAAAUUUGUUUAUUUUGUACUUUGAACAUUCAAUUCGACGACAAACAGCAUGGACCCAGAUGGCCAGAUCGAUAUACAGCCACUUCCACUGUCACUCAAUAUAAUAACACUACUACGGUUACCAUGUCACUGCUGUCGCUCCCAUAUGCUGGUUGCCGUAAGCGCUGUAAAAUGACUUUGACACUUGGCUCUACCUACCUUAACAGUAAUAAUGAUGAUAAAUGGAAAAAAUAAACAACAAACAAUA